UAAAAUUUUACAUUUAAUAAUUUCUAAUAGUUUUUGUGGCGAUAUUUUAGGCAUGUUUUUAUGUCAUCACGUAAAAUCUCUGCGUAAAGAGACCAUGUGUUUCGUUCCCGCCGUUUUUAAAUAGGUUUAAAUAUUUCGACGUUUUGAGAGAUAAUGCCGCUUCUUGGGAGGAAGCCAUAUACCCCAGCAAAGCCUCUGAAGAAUUUCGAUCCUAAUGAGACCAUUUAUACCAUUCCACAGACCAAGGAACAGUUCAGAUCGAAGGAUGAGUAUGAGCAGCGUAAGACCUUGUAUGAGGACAAUGUGUGGAGUUGUCAGUGCACAGGUCAUAUCAAUCUGACCUAUGAGGAGGCUGUCAAGUCAGAACAGGAGGUACACAGGCUGCUGAAGGAGCAAUUCUCUCCAGUAUUUGUUAAGCCAGUGUUGCUGCAAGUGCACCAUAGUACCACUGCAUUGGAAAACUUGGUGGAUCAAGUUUGGACCAAAAUACAUCAAGAAUUUGUAGUAGAUGAGUCAGUGGCUUUGAAACACAAGGCAGGGGGAAAGAUAAUCAAAGGAACAAUUGUUAAAGUUGAUACAAGUGUUUCUCAGAAUGCAGUUAGCAAUGGCAGUUCACCAGCCAGUGACAAGGAAAAUGCUUCAAAUAACCAGGAAGAAGAAACUAAUAGCACCAGUGGAACUCCCAAGAAAUGGUCUAUACCAAAGUUUCUGCCUUAUAGGUACAACUUGAAAUUGGAAGGACAGGAUAAGAUUAUCAGCUCUAUUCCUGCUUUGGAUCUCAUGAGGACAACCAAGCCCCCGUCAAAAGAGUUGCUUCGCCUGUUCAUACGUGCUCAUGCUGUGCGUAUGGGUCCCAAUCAGACAGGACCCUGGGUGGUGGAUGAAGAGAUGGUGAAAAGGCAUUCACUGCCAGGGAAAUUCAAUGACUUCUUUCUGCAGUCCCCUGUAAAAAUGGCAGAAGCUGUUCGUAAAGCAGAGGAAGCUGCAAAGAAAAGGAAGUCAACAUCUAAGCCUAAAACACCUGUGGCUAAAAAGAUCAAAACUGAUGAAAAAAAGCAAAACAAGGACAAGCAGUCUAAAAACAAAAGCCAGCAAAAGAAAACUGUAUCUUCUCCUGUUAAAAAGAAGACUGGUGUAAAUGGACAAAUAAACUCUACUCCAAAGAAAAAAAAUAACACAACUUCUAAGAAGAAGGAAGCAGUCACUGACCUAGACAGCGACAGUUCUGAUGAUUUUGUUCUGAGUUCCAUACAAAAGAGCCCAGGUUUGGCUGGAAAAAGGAAAAAGGAAAGUCUGAGUUCUGGAGAAUCUGAUAGUGAAAACGAAACUCUUGCCAGUAUUGCUAAAUCAUCUCCAACAAAAUCUGCAUCUGGCUCCCCGAAAAAGAAAGUUAAAAAUGGGUCUACUAAAUCGACUCCCCAAAAGAAGAAAAAAAAUGAAAGCACACCUAAGAAAAAGAAAACACCAGAGAAGAAAGGCAAAGAAGGGACCCCUAAAAAGACCCCCAAGAAAGAUGAAAAUAAGAAAACCCCCAAGAAAAAGGGUUUGAAACAAAUGACACUGCUGGACAUGUCUAAAAACUCUGGGACCAAGCCUGACACCCCUAAGAGCCCCAAAUCUCCUAGGAAGUCCACCCCAAUGCCUAGGAUCUCUGGCAAAAUCCAGAAAGCCUUAAAGGCAGACGAUGCUAAACUAUUGAAGCAACUUGUGUACCAGGCAGCUAAAGUUCUUUCUGCACAGCAGAGGAAUAUCUUGCCUCCAGAAGUAAAAGAAUUGGUUGAUGCAAAAUACGAACGCUUUGAAGAAUUGAAAAAAUUAAAGACAAUGAGUGCAGAAGAAAAGAAAGAAUAUAUGAAGAAGAAAAUAAAAAUGCAGCAUGAGAAGUGCAGAUUGAAAAUGAUUGAGAAAAAGAAGCUGUAUGAUGACCAAGAUCUCAGUGACCUGAAGUCGCUGCCUGCCCCAAAACUUGUGCCAACCCCUGAUGGAAUGGUCAAUGAACUGUUUGGUGAAGUUGCCAUGGUUACGGAAUUCAUCAGCAGUUAUAGUCAGCUAUUAAUGCCUGAUGAUAGUUAUGCCAUCAUGUCAGAUGCCCUGAUGAAGGCGUUGGUGAGUGGCAAAGAGGGCUAUGCCUACCUGGGCAGAGUAUUGGUGGUUUUGCUGCAGACACUACUGCAAGAUGGGAUUGCUGAGGACUACAAGGAGCUAAAGGUCCCCCUGUCAGAUGUUCCAGUGAACCUGUUCACCUGCUCGGAACUGUUACGCCUGUGCCUCAGGAAGCACGAUGUUGACGAUGGUGCUAGCAAACAUAGUGAAGACACUAGGGACAGUGAGGAGAUGGAGGAAGAGACAGAAGUGCCUGACAACUUGAUCCAGCAGCUGGAGACAAUGGAGUUCUUUGAGCUGUCUCCUGAAGACAAGCUGCAGGUCUUGAGAGGUCUCUGUCACCGUAUCAUGGGCUCAUACUCUGUGCAGGACCAUAUGGAGGAGCAGCAGACAGAGGCUUCACAGCUUUGGAAACAAAGGAUUGCGGAACUCAAAGAAAAGAAUGAAAAACUGAGAGAAGAAAAACAGAAGAAUAAAGAAGCCAAGAAGGAAGGAGGGGAACAAAAAGAGGGUGUUGAGCCAGCCAGCUUUUAUGGCAAGAAAGGGAAGAAAGCUCCUGACAGCGAACCAACCAGUGCUGCUCCCUCUGAGAAUGAAGACCUUGACCUAGAAGGGAAUGAUCUAGCAUCAGUUGUGAAACGCAGAAGACUUAUGGCAUCCAAGUCUGCUGCCAUCAAAGAACAAAAAGAGCAAGAGAAGAAACUCCUGUUGGAGAAGCAAAAUGAAGAACAAAGAAAAGCCAAAUUUGAAAAAGAAUUUUUGGAUGGCAUAGCCAGAGCCAAGCUGGUGCUGCGUCAGGCGCCUAUUGGCACUGACCGAUUCCACAACAGAUACUGGGUGUUUUCACACACUACACCAGGGCUGUAUAUAGAGAAAGGCUGGGCUCCAAAAGAAAUAGAUUAUCAAGUGGAGCUGGAGACUGAAACCCCCAUUAAAAAGGAAGUAAAAGUAGAAGAAAAACCUGAAUCCACUGCCACAGAGGAACCAGCACCUGAUGAUGAAGAGAAGAAAGAGAAAAGAGGAAGAAAGAAAAAGACAAUUCAGGAAGAAACUAGCUUUCCACACAGCGGACAGAACCUUUGGUUCACAUAUGACAGUGUCAAGGAAGUUGAUGCACUCAUAGAGAGCCUUCACCCCCAGGGGAUACGGGAGAGCAAUCUCAAAGCAGAACUGAAGAAGAAAUAUCAGGAUGUCUGUAGAGCAAUAAUUGUAGCACAGAGAACUAAUAAUGAGCUUAGAACUUAUGAUGGAGAAACAGAGCUAUGGGAAGGGUUUAAACAGGAAUUACUUGAGACAGAAUCCAGACUGCGUAAUGGUGGACUGGGUGGAGUUGAAAACUUUGACAAAUGGCAGGCACAGUUGUUGAAAGCAAAGGACGUUAAAGAUUUGGGUGCCUGUUUGAUUCAGACUCAGGCCAAUGUUCUGGAGAAAUUCAUUCAAGGAGCUAUGGCCAAGAAAGUGCCAAAAGUGGAAGAUGACACAGUAACAGAAGCAGAGAUACCCACAUCUCCUGUAGUACUUGCUUGGAUGGAUGCUGUGGAGAAUUGCGUUACAGUAUCAAGGCUGCAUGUUCUUCUGGGCAUCCUAGAUUCCUGUAUUAAAUGGGAAAAAUCUGCCGAGAAUGCGAAAUGCAAGAUCUGCCGUAAGAAAGGUGAAGAUGCUAAGUUAUUGCUGUGUGAUGACUGCAACCAGCCAUUCCAUCUGUACUGCCUGAGACCAGUGCUGCUGUCUAUUCCAGAGGGAGAGUGGUUCUGUCCUGCCUGCAUUCCAAGCUCACAAAGACGGAGAGAGAGAUCCCGUCCAAACUACAAGGACAUGUCGGGUGAAACUUCAUCUGAGGGUGAAGAUGAUGGUGAUGAUGAAGAGAUAGUCCAUGAAGAAGUGUGCACAGUGUGUGAGGCAGCAGAUAACUUGAUCCUAUGUUCCACAUGCCCAAAAGUUUAUCAUCAAGACUGCCAUGAACCUGCUCUCAGGAGACCUCCAAGGGGUCCCUGGUCCUGCACUGAUUGUAAGAUGGGUACAAACAGAACCCGUGGUAGAAAUACCAGGAACUCCAGGAGAGGGACAACUGCCAAGCCGUCUGCAAGGAGAGGCCAGAGGCGUCCAAAUUACAAAGUAGAAUCUGAAGAGUCUGAGGAAUCUUCAUCAUCAGAGGAGGAAGAAGAAGAGGAUGAGGAGGAGGAAGAAAUAGUCCAUGAUGAGGCGUGCACAGUGUGUGAAGCCACAGAUAACUUGAUCUACUGUUCUACCUGUCCCAAGGCUUAUCAUCAAGACUGCCAUGAACCUGCUUUACGAAGACCUCCAAGGGGCACAUGGUCCUGUUCAGCAUGCAAGGAGGACAGUAGCAAAGCAAAAGCUAAAUGCUAUUCCAAGACCUCAAGAAAAAGAAAGCACGAAGAAACGAGUGAGGAGGAACCCACCUCCUCUGGAGAAGAAAACCCCAGACAUAACAUGCAGAAGUACAGUGCUAAGCAAAAGAAGAGUGCAAAUGCAGCAGAAGAGAUGAAGAUUUGUGAAGAUAUUCUUGGAAGAGUUUGGAGACAUCGCACUAGCUGGCCAUUUAGAGAGCCAGUCAAGAAGAAUGAGGUACCAGAUUAUUUUGAGGUCAUCAGCCGUCCUAUUGACCUGACGACCAUAAAGAACAAAUUAAUCUGCAAGGACUACCCUAUACCAGAAGAUUUUAUUCAUGAUGUGGAACUUCUUUUUGGGAACUCUGCAACUUAUAAUUCUACUGACUCCGAUGUGGGCAAGUGUGGUGCCAAGCUGGAGCAGUACUUUAUAGAACUGCUGGAACUGAAGCUGCCUGGCUAUACCUACAACCGUGCAGAGCAGAUGGAGUCAGGACCUUCUGAUCAUGCUUACAGUUCUCCUAAGGGUAAAAGAAGGAAGUGAAGCAAGGAGCGAAUACUUGAAGUGAAAGUGUAGAAAAUAGUUUGCAUGUAAUCUUCAGCUCCCAAAUGUACAACAUGGAGAAAAAAUUAGUAGAAUUGAUAUAGCGCAGGGAGAUCUUGCCAACAGGGAACAAAUAAAGUAAGAAAGAUGAAAUGGAGAGAGAGAGUAGGGUUCAGAUUCCAUGUACAACUCCAUGCAAAUGACCAUGACUGGCAAAUGACCAAAUUUCACAUUUUACAUUCUACAUUUUUGAAAGCCUGUGCAGCAAGGCUUGUUUACUAGGUACGUAAUUCAUCUAGUUACUUUCAUAACAAAUCCCAAACAGCAAACACUGGGUUGUCUUUGUAUUCUUUGGAUGAACUUGUUGUUUUGAGGUGACUGGAUUUGGGGUGAAAAAAUUAACAAGACUAGGAAAGAUUUGAGAUGAAAUUUAACAAAACAAGGGUAUUUUGUAUAAAUUAUAUAAGUUUUUUUUUUGCAGACUAGUAAUUUUGUGGUGUAAAUGAAUAUGGUAGUUAUUGUAAAAAUACUUAUAUCAGUGCAUGUUAUAUGGGAGCAAAAGAAAACUGACUCAUUCAGUUUUCUGAAAUUCUUCUUGUUAUCAUUAUAUGCUUUUAGCAGUAUCUGUCUCUUUAAUGAGUGGUUUCAAAUUCAAGGGAUUGUCAAAAUUUUAUUUCCUUACUGCCCAUCAUAAUGUUAUAACAUUGUUUCUUUUACAGUAUGCAGCAUUGUGAAUUGUAAAGAUACUUCCCAGAGAAGUUUUAUUUUGUAGACUGAAAACUUGUUCGGCUACAAUACUUAUUUAUAUAAAGAUGAGGAGUAAGGACUAAUUUGUGACCAUUAUGGGAGCACUGGUUUGCAUUAUUUACACGUGGUUAUUUUUGCUUACAAAUUGUUAAAAAAAUUGUCAUGAUGGCAACUAUGACCAGACAAAAUUUUACUUGUCUGUAAUACGUUUUUUUCAAUUAAUAUACAGCUAAGUGCAGUUGCAUAAAUUAUGAUUAAACGAGAACAUCAUUGUGUGUUAUAGAAUACCAGCAGUUUAUUGCCAAGGUAUGUGUGUCUGUAUAUAUAUAUUGUACACUCAAAAUUUAACACCAUUGAAAGUUUUAAUGCAUUGUAAAUAUAUAUAUUUUAGUGAGGGCUGUCGUGAUAGUUUCAAAAGCGUCAUACUUCAGGCAGUUCUCUUCAAGAGUGUAGUGUACAACGAUAAUGUGGUCAAUUGUUUAAGAUUAAGACACACAACACGAGGUUGGUUGGUUCAUAUUAUAACAGUGGUUUUAUUGUAUCCCCAGUGUGAUUGCUGGCGAUACUCACAAUUUUACCUGGAACUAGUAAGUUCUACAGAUUUCUGUUUUAUGGUAACGUUUUGAAUUCCGGUACUUUUGUUGUUCUAACUUAAUCGGGUACUUUUUUGAAAAUUUUUUUGUUAUCAUGUGAAACUUCUUUUUUAAUGUGAAAUGAGACGACUGACUUAUACAUCAUACGCCGGGUUGCGUUGUCACAGCAAGUUAUAUGUACAUAGAUCGAAAUAAUGUAAAAUUCGUAUCUUUAAUAAUUAUUGCAGUCGAAUGCUUCACCUCGAUUUAUUUAUACAGUGUAGGUGUCUGACGUUAGUGCUGUAAAUCUCUUGCUCUGUGGCAAAUAAAAAGUGUACUCUUGA